CAAUUUUUGGGCGGUGAUUUCGUACCAAAAUCAGAAACAAAGUUUCAAUACGUUUUCAAAGUACAAUGCCAAAAUCUAAUUCUCUAAUACGACAUAGUCGUUCCAAUAAAUUGACCUAUACAAUUUUGGUUUAUACGAGUAGGUCAUAAACUUAUACAAUUUGGUUGAGAACUUGGUAGGAGAAUAAAAGCACAUUUUCAAUAAUAGCGAACAAAAACUACUCAUAAGUCCACAUUGAUACAACUAAAACCAUGUUUCAGAUCUCUCUAUAUCAUCAUUUACUUCAUCUCCAUCUACAUAUCUCUCUGUAUCACUACUGUGAACAAAAAAAGUUUCAAUUAUUCAUUCAUACUUUUCCAUUUGUAUUCUCAUACCUAAGAAUUCCAAUUUCCAAUUUCCUUCCCCACAAAUACCAAAAACCGAAAACAUUUCCAUGAGAUGAGAAAAUCCCAUUUGGUAAAACUGAUACUUGCGGUAUCUCUGCCAACAACAUUCUUGAUCAUAAUCGCUAUCAUCAUAAUCUUCAUCUUCUGCAGAAGAAGAAAAACAGAGACCAAUGAAGCUCAAUACAACGUCGAAUCUCCUUAUGAUGAGAAAGAAGAUUUUUCCGGAUCCGAAACAGAGGAGGAGCUUGUAAUCUUUAACGGUGGAGACGAUCUAACCAUCUGUGAUAUCCUUGAUGCUCCCGGAGAAGUCAUCGGAAAAUCAAGCUACGGUACAUUAUACAAAGCGACGUUGCAGAGAAGUGGGAAAGUUAGGGUUCUUAGAUUCCUUCGACCUUUGUGUGCAGUGAAAUCGGAUGCUAAGGAGUUUAAUGGCGUCAUUGAGUCGCUUGGAUUUGUUCGACAUGAUAAUUUGGUUCCUCUGUUAGGGUUUUAUGUUGGGAACAGAGGAGAGAAGCUUAUGAUUCAUCCUUUCUUUGGUUCCGGGAAUCUUUCUGAGUUCAUCAAAUGUGGAGAUGUUGACGCACACAAAUGGAGCAAUAUUUUGAGUAUCACCAUUGGAAUAGCAAAAGCUCUUGAUCAUCUCCACACGGGAAUGCAGAAACCGAUUGUUCACGGAAAUCUGAAGUCGAAGAACGUUCUUCUAGACAAGAGUUUUAGGCCUAGAGUCUCUGAUUUCGGCUUGCAUUUGCUCUUGAACCUCCCGGCUGGGCAAGAGGUUCUAGAAGCUUCUGCUGCAGAGGGAUACAAAGCGCCUGAGUUGAUCAAGAUGAAGGAAGUAAGCAAGGAGAGUGAUGUGUAUAGUUUUGGUGUGAUCAUGCUUGAGUUAGUCUAUGGUAAAGAGCCAAUAAACAAGAAUCCAAAGGGUUCUAUUCUUGAUCAUAAUAGGUUGUCGGAUUUGUACCAUCCUGAUAAAGAUGGAAAUGGUGUGACCGAAGAAUGUGUUCUCGAGUACUUUCAGCUUGCAGUAUCUUGUUGCUCUCCAUCUCCUUCUCUUAGGCCAAGCUUCAAGCAAGUAUUGAGGAAACUUGAAGAGAUCAGGAAAUGAUGUAUUAGCAAACUUGACUAAUUUGUGGAACAGAUAUAGCAAGAGAAAGUUCGAAUCUUUCUAACAAUCAGAAACCUUUUUUGCAAGAUUGGUAAAAUGCGUGAGGCGGAUAAUACACGGGAGAGUCUUCAUAGGAUGACACAAUACAUAUAACAAGUUCUAGCUUGUGGAUGUUUACAGAGAAGUAGUUAGUCUGAUUAUCUACAAAAGUAACUGAAGAUGGAUCGAAGUUUUACUUAGGCAGGACUUCCAGAAUAGUGAUUUGGAGAAUACCUGAGAGAAGAGCCAACAAGAGACUCGAAGAACUUUGAAAGGCCUCUAGUAAUCAUAGAACAUAAUCUUCGUGAAUGUAAAUUGUCGUUGAAGUUGUAUCUUAUAGCCUUGCUCGGUCUGUUCAGCAAGAUAUAUGAUUCUUGAGUUAUAUAUUUGAAAUCUCCAUAAA